AUGGGCUCUUCUCAUUCCGUGGAAAGUGAAAAGCACGAAAGGGAUGUAUGGAGAACUCAUUUGGAGCACCAAUAUGACGGGAAACACCACCGAAAUGCUGGGACUCGAUUUCGACGCCCCUACUUGGACUCGAACGCCAUUGAAGAGCGAAUGAAUGAGCUUCAACACGGAAAACAACGAGAAAAGAAGCGACGAUACCUCAACAUUCUGGGUGAAAACGACCACGAAAAGUACCCUGAUCUUGAUACCUAUUACAGCACAACAAAAGAGAUACCCCGCCGAUUGAUUGUCCAAGCCACCCACGAUGCCCAAAAGGAUACUCGAGCGCGUCACUGGGGCCACAGCACUAUAAAAGGCAACAGGCCAUUUGUUGUGUGGCUGUCUGAGCUUUGUUUGAACCCUUUUCGCUUUGACAGAUAUGACGGCGGUUUUGUGGAUGAGGAUGAUGAGAAGGCCGAGGAUAUUCGGUGGAAGAAGAUGAGUCUUGCGCGGAGAAUCUUUCAGACCACUGUACACUGGAUUGCCUCGACAAUACUCACCCUGUUAUUUGCCUGGAUCAUCCAAGUUGUGUUAUCAGUCCAAGUUGCCACUGCGCCUUGGAGUGACUCAGGUGCAGCCGACUCUUAUGAUGGCUACGAGAAUGUCCAUUGGGAAUGGCCCCACCAUGCAGUCAAUAUCCUAGACCAGUCGCCGAACAACAAGAAGCCACAAUCCACAAUCACCAAGUUGAUGAUACCCCGACGCCUGGUGGUCAAAGACAAAUCUACCGGCAAGUGGGUUGUGAAGAUGACGGACGAACUUCGCGACAAGCACACUGGCAUGCUUCAGCCAUACGUCUUCCUCAGUUUCUCGCGAGCUAAUUUCCUGGGUGUGGAUGACACAAAAUUGAGGCCGUUCUUUCAUCGGGUCGCAGAAGAAGUUCUGGAACGCGAAAACGAUCGUCGAGACGAAAAGGAUCCCGUAAUGGAAGCUUUCUGGCUUGAUAUGGACUGUGUCGCAUCGGAUCCUCUAAUCAAAGACAAGAAUGGAAACAUGGUAAACCCAAUCAUGCAUGACGACUCGGAAAAAACAAAGGACAUCAAUUCUAUUUGCGAUGCCGUGCGAUGCGCGAAACGGGUUUAUGUCGUCUUACCUGACGAUCGCCCAGAAGACAAGUUAAUUUGGGGCCGACGUAUUUGGACUCUUCCCGAAGUCUUGCUCGCAGCCGAUAAGAUUCGAUAUUGCAUCUUUCCCCUCGAAGCCAUGCAAAGAGAUGAUAAGCCCAUAAUCAACAAUGUCUUAUUGACUGAUAUGUAUAACAGUUUCUGGGCAGGCCAUCCCUCUCGAUCCCACUUGGCUAGUGACGAGGCAUUGGAUACCCAUGAAGAUGCAAUCACACACCUUGUCAACCACUAUACGAACCGUACCAAGCUGAGCGAGCUGCAGCUGUUCACAUUUGCAAUCCAGGCUUUGGCUCAACUGACUUCUGGUAAAGACACUCGGGGCGAAAGUACCGUGGAGUUAGCAUAUGCCGCCAUGGGUCUGCUAGCUUAUCGACUCACUCCUGACGAUAAUGAAGACGUGUUUCAAGCUGUCGCACGACUGUCUCUUGUCAACGACAGCAAUCAUCUACUUGAACGCCUGCUCUGCUUGUGGCCAAGUUAUGGCGAAAAUGAGCAGAAUCCUGAAGCAAAAGCGAAGUACGCCGUCGCGAGCAGUGAUACUCUCCUGCGAAACAUUGCAGAUCGCGAUCAGUAUGCCGUUCAUCUAUGGGAUAUUGAUCCGAUGUGUGAUGUGGUCGGAAUUGGAAACGACAAGUUCACGCCCACCGUGAUAACUGAUCGCUGUCGGGGUAUUCCUAUCCGGUGGAAGGGAUUUCCCAGAAUGCGAUACGCACAAGACUUGACGAGCUUUCGGGCAACUCUAGCCCAAACUGUCGUCUUUGCAGGCGUAUGGUUCUUCGUCACAGGCUUUGGACUAUUCUCUUCGGCCAUCUCACUCGCAAUGGCAAACAACACCGGCAACAAAGAGACCAACAUUAGCGUCGGUUCUUAUCUUUGGGGUGUGGCAAUAUUUGUUGGUGUCGGAUGGAUGAUAUCCUGGUUCAGUCCACUUGCAGUACGCCAACUUUGCAACGGCGGAUCUUCCGGUGUUUCCUGUCAUCUGAUAGGAUUCGAAGGCACGAUGACCCUCCGACAAAUCGAGAAAGCAAUAUAUGGCAACUACAAUGCCCGUCUUACUUAUUCUCCUUCUUCUUCCAUCUUCUCCAAGGAUCUGCGCCACCCCAAGCUUCGAAUGGGAGUCGAGAGCCCGGAUGAGAAUGGAGACCCCGAAGGGCCAGAGCAUUGGAAACAGCAGAGAGUGAAGCACAAUAUCCCCGACUCGCAUCGCCUAUUCACAAUUGUUGACACGGGUGAUUUGACCGUUACAGUGAUUGCUGCUCAGAGGCCCCCUGUAGUUGCUUUGAUUGCCGGUCGCGAGGGUGGCAUGUUGCGGUCCCUGCUGUGUAGCUGGCGCUUCGAAACGAACUGCUUGUAUCGCGAGUGUGUUAUCCGUAUGCGGAGCUCGCUGGAGGAACAGGCUACUCCGAAUGACUGGCUUAAGAUCAGUCUAGCUAGCCAAAGCGAUGUCAAUCAGACCCGAUCACUUUACCAACCAAAGAGUCAGCCUCUGCCUCCACCUCCUGUUGCUGGUUCCAUUCCCCCUUCGACUCUCCCGGUUCCUCCUCGGAAAACCCCGGUCGUCGGCCAAACCAAUAUUGAGUCAGUGCAAUGA